AUGAAGAUAUACCAUAUCAAUAUAAUUUUGUGUCUAAGCAUAUUCGCAAGACACGAUGAGGCAGCAAGAAUUUUGGCAGUAUUUCCGAGCCCUUCAAUAAGUCAUCAAGUAGUGUUUCGACCUCUAACACAGGAACUAGCUAAAAGAGGUCACGAAGUCACCGUCAUCACAACAGAUCCUGCAUUCCCCGAAGGAAAAGCGCCAGCUAAUUUAACUGAAAUCAACGUUCAUGAUAUUUCUUACUACUUAUGGAGGAAAAUAUUCUUGACCUCAAAUAAAGAAAAUAAAGAUGAUGUGGUAAAAGCAAUGAAUCUCAUAGCGGAAGCUGUAAUUGCGAUAGCAGACGCUCAACUAAAGGAUAGUAAAGUGCAAAAUUUGAUACGUGAUAAGAGCAAACAAUUUGAUCUAUUACUCGUGGAAGCUUGUGUGAGACCAGCCUUAGUAUUUUCUCAUAUUUAUAAAAUACCAGUGAUUCAAAUAAGUUCGUUCUUUGCUACUUUUGAUAAUUAUCCUAAUAUUGGUGCGCCGAUACAUCCAUUCCUGUAUCCUGCCUUCACUCGAGAGAGGAUCAAUAAUCUGACUAUGAUUGAGAAAAUUAAGGAAUUCUACAAUGAUUUUAUGAUCAACAGAUUGUAUGAUAAAAAUAUUGAGAAAGAAAAUGAAAUGCUUCGUAAGCAUUUCAGAAAUGUUCCUUCAAUUUCUGAAUUAAAUAAUAAUGUGGAUAUGCUGUUCCUAAAUGUGCAUCCUGUGUUUGAAGGGAUACGACCAGUUCUUCCUUCUGUGGUGUAUUUGGGAGGUUUACAUCAAGCACCUUAUAAACCGUUACCAAAGGAUCUGCAAUCCUACAUGGAUUCUUCUAAAAAUGGCGUGAUAUACGUAAGCUUCGGUACAAACGUGGAUCCUACUACAUUCCCAGCUGACAGGAUUGAAGUUCUCGUGAAAACAUUAUCUCAGUUGCCUUACGAUAUUCUAUGGAAAUGGAAUAAUGAUGUUCUGCCUGGACGUACAGAUAACAUUAAGAUAGCAAAAUGGCUGCCACAGUCAGAUCUUCUCACUCAUCCAAAAAUCAAGCUCUUCAUCACGCAAGCUGGUUUGCAGUCAACAGAUGAGGCUAUAUCAGCAGGAGUGCCUCUUGUAGCCAUUCCCAUAUUCGGAGAUCAAUUUUUCAAUGCAGAAAGAUACGAAUACUUGAAGAUUGGCAAAAAGCUUUCCAUGGAAAAACUGACUGUGGAAGAAUUCACAAAUGCUAUCAACACUGUCAUUAAUGAUGGCAGUUAUCGAGAGAAUAUUGCGAAAUUGCGACGCAUUUUUCAAGAUGAACCUAUGCCUCCACUAGAGCGUGCUGUGUGGUGGACGGAGUAUGUGUUGCGUCAUGGCGGCGCGAGACAUCUGCGAGGACCUGCAGCCAACAUGUCGUGGGCAGAGUACCUCGAAUUAGAAUUAGUGUUUACCGUACUAUUAGGACUGUUAGCAGCAAUUUCAGUAUUAUUUGUAAGUCUUCGAUUCCUUUACAAAAUAAUUUUUGGAAAUACUGUUACCAUUCAAACUAAAAAAUCCAAACUAAGUUAG